GUUGAACAAUCUGUCUACAAUUUGAGCAAUACAGCACGCAAGAAUGCGCAGUUGCAUUCAACCAUCGACGUGUUCAACUUUGGUUCAACUAGAGGUUGCGUAAGAUGUAUCUCAUUGCUCAAGUAUUUCGUACUUCGCCACCCUCGAUCCAACUCAAACAGUUCAACUUGCUUGCUUGCGACUCGGAGUUUCAAUGAACUCUCCCUCCUCUCACCAUCAUGAGUCCAUUACUAUUGCUGUUGACUGGCUCACUCGUCGCACACCCACCUACGUCGAUUUCCUACAUCCAGUUGACUCCAACUUGCGUGCACCUGGAGCCUGCUCCCCUGUUGGGACGUACAACACUUCGGUUGCUGUUAUACCAGCUCCACCACCGUCAGUGGCCCCAGUCUGGUCCCAUUCUCCUCCAGAAAGAACCAGUACACCCUCGCCGCCAACAAGUCCUUCAGCGGAGAACGUUUACCCCGCUUAAGUGCGCACGGCAUCCAGCCACUCAGCCGACAUUCACCGGGAUGGUUGGAUACCGUGAGCCGACCCACAGACAUGCUAUAUCCCAAUCAACCACGUACUCAUACACUACAAAUAGGGCGCAUAUAGUCACUCUUUCGACUCGGUGUUUCAACACGACUCACUAGCAUGACCACUUCGAGUCCUUCGACAUCAACAGCGGC